GUUGGUUCGUGGGGUGUGGUCCGAAAUUAGGUUACUUUGAGGGGAGUUUUUUAAUUUUCAUAACCGUACGGCAGAUAAUCAUCUUAGGACGACACUCGGCCCGGGCUGUCGUGCUCUGAUGAGGCCAUCACUGGGACUUUCCGGAUACGUCAGAACGAACUUCCGGCUUGUUUAACGCUAGCCGCUCUCGCCGCGUUCAUAUCGUUAGAGGCGGUUAACGUUGCGUCGCAGCUCCGAGAGAAACGCCGACAGGAGGCCAUGACGACUCCCAGGAGCCGCGAGCAGCGCCCGGAGGUCUGAAUACAGAGGCGCGGUGGUCAGAAGCGACGGGGCGGGAUGUCAACAACUCGGCCUCGACGAGUCACCGAACUAGCGUGCCCGGAGCAGCCGGGCAGCAGGCUCGCCGCGUCGGCCGCCCGGCAGCAAGCAGAGGCCCCCACCGUGGACGAGUUCACGGUCCUGGAGGACAAAGAAGAAGAGCUGAACUGUGCCCGGCCCCGCGUGGAGCAGGUCUUCAAAGUGACGUUCACAAUCAUCGGUCUGCUGGACCACACGGGGCAGCCGCACGGCAGCAAAACAUCCCGGCAGAUAUGGCUGCAGCUCCGGGGGAACAGAGACGACGUGUCGAAGGCGAAGGAGUACGUUAGAGGGCUGUGCGACCCGGAGCUGCAGAAAGAAGAGCGCUAUCCCACGGACAUGCACUGCAUCUUCGCCGGGGCCCGGGGCCUCUUCCUCGACAGGCUCAUACGGGACACCAGCGCCGAGGUUCUGGUGCCGGAGCCGGGCCGUCUGUGGCUGCUGGGCCGAGCUGAGCCCGUGGUGAUGGCUCAGAGCAGAGUUCAGCAGUUUGUCGCACUGUUCCAAGACAAGAAGAGUCUACCAAGUGACCGAGAAUCAGCAGUGAAGCGAGCUUUCAAGUCGUUUGUGGAGGAACGAGACGACAAAUACACCAUGGAGCUGCUGCUGCUGCCCAGCGCCCUGAAGGAGGAGUUACUGGGCCUGGUUCACAGCCCCACCAGCACAAACGCCUCUGCUCCGGAUUCUUGUAGUUUUCAUCCCCACACUCAGGCCAACCCGGCGCUGCUACCCUGCAUGGCAGAGGUCGACCAGGACCGCUCGCAGAGCAGCACUCCGGUGACGGAGCUCUCCAACCGCAUCCUGGACACCAGCUUCGAGGAGAGAAGUGUCUCUGCGGCGUCUGGAGGCGGGAAAGCGGCGGGCGGGGUGGGCUUGGGCCAAGACGCGGUCCUGCUCAACGGCACCCGACCCUCGCACAAGCGGCGCUCAUCCGAGAGCGAGACUCGAGACACAAAGAGGCAGUACUCCCUGGAGCGCAAGGAGGAGUCGCCCGAGAGAACGGCGAGGGAGCGCCCCCGGGACAGGGAGGCCCGGGGGCCCAGCGGCAGCUGCAGGUCCAAAACCCCAUCCGCUUCCUCCACGCUGUCGUCCUCCUACCCGGGGAAGGCGAACACGGUGGCCGGUCCCAUCACUCAGGAGUCCUGCGACGGCGCUGCAGACGACGGAGAGGCCGUCAGCCCGGAAACUAACCUCCGCUGCUUGGUGAAUUUUUUCAGAACCAUGGGCUACCAGCAGGAAGUUGUGGAGCGCGUUGUCAAGGCGACGGGACAGACGGAGGACACCUUCCUCAUCCUGGAGAAGAUAGUCGAAGAAACCAAACGUGGUGAGCAGGACCCCAGGGGAGGAGAGCGAGAGAGGCGAAUGAACUCUGCGCGUGCCUCCGACACGCUCUGCUCCUCCUCCUCGUCCUCCGUGUCCCGUUUCAGGGAUAAGGAGCGGGAGCUGGGGGAGUCUGGGAGGUCCAAGGAGAACAUAAAGCCCAGCCAGCGCGGCGGAAGCAGCAACGGGUUGGGACACCGACGGAAAUGCAGCGGCAGUGAGACGAGCACCCAGCAGGCCAUCACGAUCAAGAGAAGCUCCAGUGCUCAGGGCGGAGCCGGGAACUAUGAGGUAAUCACGAUCGACGACGACGACGACGUUGUCCCCGCUAAUGUGGCCAAAACCGCCGACGGUAGAAUGUCUCGGAUAAUGACAAUGACGCACCCUGACACCGCGCAGUCUGGAUCCCGGACGGACUACCUGGCGCGAGGAGGGGGCGGAGUCACGCAGCGGGAUUACCUGUCGCGGUGCGGCACCCAAACGUUGGGCGGACCGGUGAAGGUGGAGAGCGUGACGGCGCUGCGCAGCACGCCCCAGUGGCCGAGCAACGCCUCCCUGGCGUCGACUCCCAGCUCCGCUCAGCCCAUCAACAGAACAGCGGCCUCUGCCUACCAGACCAUCGGCCACGCGGGCUUUCAGGGCGGCGUGGCCCGGACCCCUCCCACAAACGAUCCCCCGGCGCCACCGGUCACCGGCCUGGCCCGGUUCAACCAGUCGCUGCGGACGCCGUUCACCUUGAAUCUGCCGAACGAGCCGGGGAACCCGGACCUGAGGCACAUCAUCAUAGACGGCAGCAACGUGGCGAUGGCUCACGGCCUUCAUCGCUUCUUCUCGUGCCGCGGCAUCGCCCUGGCCGUGGAGACCUUCUGGAGGCGAGGCCACAGGGAGAUCACGGUGUUCGUUCCACAGUGGCGUCAGAAGAGGGACCGACUUGCUACAGAGCAACACUUCCUGAACCAGCUGGAAGACCUGCGCCUGCUGUCCUUCACCCCCUCCAGGGAAGUCUGCGGCCAGAGAAUAUCCUCGCACGACGACAGGUUCCUGCUCCACCUCGCAGAGAAAACAGACGGCAUAAUCGUGACCAACGACAACCUGCGGGACUUUGUCGACACGUCGGACACCUGGCGGCGCAUCAUCCAGCAGAGGUUGCUUCAGUUCACUUUUGUCGAGGAUCACUUCAUGAUUCCCGACGACCCGCUGGGCAAAGACGGACCCCACCUGGACGACUUCCUGCGCAAAGAGAACUGGAGGGCUUCAGCCUCGCCGCCGCCUCUCCAGCCUCCGGACUUCCGGGCCGCGGCGUCGCAGCAGCAGCAGCCCGUCGCCGCCCAGACCUUUCGGAACCCCGCCUCCCUGAUGGGGCCCCCCGCCGCACACUGGCCCCACUCCGGCCCGCCCGAAUGGCACCCGCCCCGCCGCUCUCCCUCGCCCUCGCCCUCCCCUCCGCCCCAGCGGUCGGCGGGGGAGACGUCGGAGCUGAAGCGGAAGCUGUACGACAUUUUUCCCGACCAGAAGCAGCGGAUCGACCGGAUCCUCAGCGACAACCCGUACAUGAGGGACCUGAACGCCCUGUCGGGGCUCCUGCUGGGCUGACUAAACCCUGGGGGGGGGACUUCAGUCGGUCUGCGUAAGGAUAAUUUAUUUGACCAUCUGCUCCUCGUCGGAGGGAACAGACACAGUUUUAUUAUUUUGCGGAAAGACCGAUCAUUAAACUAGCUGCUAUCUGCAACAAAUCUUUUCCGGGAUCUUUUUUUUGUUUUUUUUUUCUCCUCUUCUUCGUGGGUUUUGCUUCCUGGUCCGUCAAGGUGAGCAGCGCCGGUGUCAGCAGAACUAAAGUUUGAACAGAUUUCUGUAUUUCAUCAAGAAAAAGCAGCUCUUUGUGUGGGAAUGAGUCUCUGCAGCCGGUCAACAGGACUUUCAGCCUCCUCGCCAGGUUUGAAGAGUUUUUCUAAGAUACGGAGGAGUUCAGCGUCAGCGGUGGGAAACGGGAUUCAUAUUUGAGUGUUAAUCUUAAAUGUUGGGAAUCGUACCCUCGUUAAGCUCACAGUACCUUUUAUUUUACAACUGAAGCACAGAAACUAAACAGAGUCUGAGGGUUUUAAAGAUAUUUUCCCCCUCAGUCCAGAAAAAUCAUCCAAAUCAAGACGAGGAAACUGAAUUAAUCUGAAAUGAUUAAACACGACCACUAGGUGGCGAUACAAUUUUCCUGCAGCAACUCUAAAAAAAUAAAGCAAAUUAUUUUCUUUUCACCACAGGACAAAUAAUUGGUCCCCUGUUAACGUUCCUCCUCCUCCUCAUUUUUUUUACACAGAUUUCUGGAUUAGUCUCGUUGUUUCUCACCGAUCUGAUUUCUACGUUUUAAACAUCAGACCGUCAUUGUGAACGCUGUUUAAGAGGGAGUGGUUUAUAAAAACAACCUGGUUGAUAAUUAGUCAGUUUGUAACACAACUGCAAACAGCUCAUAUAAAAACAAGCUGAUGGGACUGGUGCUGAAAUUAUUGUUUUAAAUUAGGCAGAUUGUCAUGUUUAGUGCGUGUUGCACAAAGCGAUGGCCGUCAUCUGCAAAUUAAGCUAGAUUGUUAACUUCAGGUAUACGUUAAAAAGAGGUUAAAUGUUUGUAAAAGUAUGUCAUUAGUAACAAAGUGUGUCCUAGAGGGUCAGAGCAGCUCAGUUACUCAGUUUCUACAGAUUGGCCGUUUUAUUUUGAGGAUGCAGUGACAUCUAGUGGCACAAACUAGGGAUUGCAACAUGCUUUGAAGUAUGUAACAUGAGAUAAGGAAAUGAAUUGGUGACUUCAUUAAAUUUGUUCAUUAUUUUUAGAAGAUUCUAGCGAUAAAAUAUCGUUUCCUGCGAGAAUUUUAAUUUACAAAACAAAAACCUGAAGUAGUGCAUUUCCAGCCGUUUGAUGUUCUUUUACGUCUGAGAACAUUCUGCAAGAAAGUUGACGUUCUAGACUUUACCAAGCACAGACAGAACCAAUAAAAUGUAAUAUUUAAAAAAAAAAAAAAUGAAAAUAAAAAUGAAUUCAUAAAAGCCUGCCUGCCAAAACAUGGUUAUGUGUAAAAAAGAUGCAAACACAGUAAAAAUCAGGCUUUAAACGAAGAUUUUUCUGUUGAUCUAAAGGACAAUAUGAAGGCGGUACAGGAUAUAGUGACACCUAGUGGCACGAACUGCACAUUGCAGCCGCUGUAGAGCUGGUGAGUUAAUCAGGAGGACAACCUCUAGUUAUUUUUACAGGACUCUUCACACAUAAAAAAAAAAAAAUAGAACUCCCAUUGUUACAAAAUACAUCAGAUUUUAAGGAAUACAUAACGACCUGACCCAGCUGUGAACUGUUCACUGAGGAUGCGGCGCUUAAAUUCCCACACAGGGAGCUUUGAUGAGCUCUUAAAAAAAAUGGAAGUCUCUCUUCCUACAUUCAGUUCUGAGAUAUUUGGUGAGUUAUGAUCCUUGGUGGCGGAAGCGACGCAUGAUGGAGACCAACACUACAAUAUUUAUCUUCUGAGUACGUCCUGGACAACGUUCCUUGAGUUCUGAGGUUAUUACUUGCAGUUCUGAGUUACAGUUGUACGUAAAGUGAAAUGCACUGAACACGAGCGCUGAUGGGAGCCAGCGAACGGACGGACGGACGUCGGUUUAAAACUCAAAACUCAGACGCACAGAGACAGAAUGUGGCUGCGGCUUUCAGAUCUCGCGUCCCUCUGAUUUUUGCAGAAUCCAAACCCUUCGUGUGUUUAAACGAAAACGUUCAGCACAUAAACUUCUGUUUUGAUGUUGCGUUGUUGUUCCAAGGGUCACUGAAGGAUUUUUUUUUCUUGUAUUAUAAUUCUUUUGUGUAUAUUGUUUUUUUUUUUUUUUUUUGUGUGUGUAAAUAUUCACAUUUUUGCUUACAGUGCACAUAUGGUUUUAUGUAUGUGGAAAAAUGCAAAAUAAAUGCAGCCUUCCCCAUCAAAGA